CCUUUGAACACCCCCACGGCAACCCGCCCCACGCCGUCCACGCGAAAAACAGUUUCAGAUGGUCAAAACUCAUGAUUAUUCUCUCCCUUGUCCAAAAAGCAUAAAUCUGUCAAUAAAGCAUUUUUCACUUUGAUAGAGUGAUGCAAAACCUUAAUCAAAUCCCCAAAAAAUGAUUUUUGACCGUCUUAAAGAUGUCUCUAAGCCCUCCAACAGCCCAAGAAACCCUUCACCAUCAGCACCACACCUUCACGAGCUCUCCUUCUCCAUCCCUGCCACCCUUCUCCGCCUCAGCUAGCGGUGUCCCUGGUGGUCGUGAUGAUGAUGAGUUUCCUAGGAGGGAUGAGAGGUGCCUACAGUGGAGCAACCAAGAAACAAGGGACUUCAUAAAAAUCAGGGGCCAGUUAGAAGGGCAAUUCACCUCAACAAAGAGGAACAAGAAUCUCUGGGAAAUGGUGGUUAGCAGAAUGAGGGAAAAGGGGUACAGGAGAACCCCUGAUCAGUGCAAAUGCAAGUGGAAAAAUCUUGUUAACAGAUACAAGGGACAAGAAACGUAUGUUGUAGGUAGUAGUCAGCAAUGUCCAUUUUUUGAUGAGUUGCAUGCAGUUUUAUCAGCAAGUGCCAAUGAUAUGCACCAAACUCAGUUCGACUAUGAGGUUGCUAUGAUGCGCGGAAAAAAGAGGCUCAAGAAAGUUAACCGGUAUCAAUCUGCAGAAGAGGAGGAUGACGAGAGCGAUGCGGAUGAGGUUGUAAAGGCACCUAAAAGGAGGGUCGGGACAGAAAAACGACAAAGGGCAGGAGCAUCAGAGAAACUUUCAGAAAAGUCUUCGAAAAAUACAAACAAUACCGAUAGCAUUCUUAGUCAUCUUAAUGAGAUGCUGAAGAGUUUCUUCCAGCAGCAACAGAUAAUCGACAUGCAGUGGAGGGAGUCUAUGGAGAAACGAGCCCAAGAACGGGAUCUUUUUGAGCAGGAAUGGCGACAAACAAUGGAAAAACUUGAAAGGGAUAGACUGACGAUGGAACAGGCUUGGAGAGAGGCGGAUGAAAAGAGGUGGACAAGAGAAGAGAGCCUGGCUGAGAAGAGAGAUGACCUCUUGAAAACACUUGUGAACGAACUCGUCCCAUGAAGACAAUCUUUGAGGUGCAUACCAGCAUAAUGGACAAGAUUUUGACAUAUUUUUCUUCUUUGAUAUCGUUUAUUACUAUCCAAUCGUCCCUGCCAAACAUGUGAGAGACGUAUUUUGACUUUCAUAGAGAGUAAAACUCUUCAUUGGUUAGAAUUGUGUUGUGUUGGGUCAUAAUUGUAACGUUAAGACUUUUAUUGAUGUUAAAAAUAUUGAAUUUUAAAGAAGCUACUACUUUGAGAAUU